AUGAACAGCAUCUCCCGAGCCAUGGCCGGCUUGUCGCUUGGCGCUCGGCGUUUAGUGCACCACAAGCUCACGCCCAAGAGCUACCCACAGGUCAACGCCGCCGACGUCAACCUUACUCCUCCCAGAUACGGUUUCCGCAGAAAGAGAAAGCCACUUCUCUCCCAAAAGGUGAAAAACACGCUUUUCCCACAACAGAAGAUAAAAGAAAUGUACAAGCAGGCGGGCAAACCCGUGCCUCGUAAGUUCAAGGGCAACAACGACGAGGUGGCCCGCAGAAACUUUGAAGCUUUCCAGGAAGAGGUGGCCUUGGGUCUUCCUCACUUCAAAGUGGGUAACAAGCAGGUAUACUUGCCCAAGGCACGUGUUGUCCUUUUACCUCCUUUGGCCAAGCACACUCCAUACCAGGCCCGUUUCCUCGUGCCCCGCAGCUUCAACAAGCUUGACUUGAGAGACUACCUCUGGCAUGUCUACGGCUUGAGAGCACUUAAUAUCACUGUCCAGCUAAUGCCCGCUGUGUGGCGCAGAACCAUGAUGGACUACGGUCGCCACCGUUCUCGUCAGAUGAAGAAAAUGACCAUUGACAUGGAAGAGCCUUUUGUUUGGCCUGACUUGCCUGAGAGUGCCAAGGACCCAGGCCAGAAGUCUGACUUGAACCAGAUGGAGUUCACCAAGAACUUCGAAGGCAGAAGUAACGCCGACAGACCCACCAACGCAUACAACGGACUCUACAACAAGCCACAAUUGCCCAAUGUGUUUGUUUCUGCCAAGUCUCAGAAGGCUCUUAAGGCUAAAGUGGAGAGCAUCACCUCUAGGGAGGAGCAGAAGGCCGACCGUGCCGCUGUUGCCAAGUUGUUGAACUUGUAA